AUGGUACAGUUUUGGUCUCUAUUUAACGAGGUAUAGUAUAAGAUCAUUAUGUCAUUGACAACUAGGUCCAGGCUAUUACAUUUCACUUAUAUAUUUCAGGUGUUACAGGACGUAUCUGGUGACAAGACGUAUGUUUUUAAUCCUGCUGGAUGGGUUUUAGACGAAGCCGGAGCUGAGUGGAAUGCUAACAGAAUUGUAUUCGGAGAGGAUGCUAUUGCUAAAGUUGUAUCGUGCGAAUUUCAUUACAAACAAUCGGUUGGUCGUAAAAGUGGGAAGUUGGAUGAUAAGCACAAGGCAGAAUUUAAAGCUCUCGCGUGGGCGUUAAUGGAGGCAAACACGGUGAGCGUUUUUUUGGAAAAAACGAGCGGAUUUGAAUCGCUUUAUGAAAAAUAA